AUGAUUAAAAUAUCAGAUUCCAUAAAUUAUCAAACAACAACAUAAGGAGUAAAAGAUGGUUUAGACAUUUCAUCAAGCGAUCUUGGGUAAUAUAUAGCUUCAUAUUAGAGUAUCUUCAAUGGAGUUUUUAGGUGAAUUUGAUGAUCAAUACAAACUAAUUGCAAUCUAUUAUCGAAUUAAUAAGUUGAAGAAUGCUUUCUUUAUAUUCCUUUUGUUGAUAACAGGAGGUUUAGUUUAUUUAUUUUAUCGAUGGUUUCUAUCAUUUCGUUUAGCCAUACGUUAUUCAUAAUGUAAUUUCACUUAAAUGACACAUUUACUUAUAAAUAAAACAAAAAAUGAUAUCAGAAUUGCAACAGAUUAAUUAGUUGAAGUAUAAUAAAACACAUGUAAAUUACCAAAUAGUAGUAAUGCACGAUUAUUUGAUUAUGAGUAAUAAUAUUUAUUAUAUUAUUAUUAGACUUAGUUAGUUUUAUAUAGAUUGUUAGACAUUUUAAUUAAAUUAUUUAAAGAACUCUUUUUCUCAUUUAACUUGUGCUUAAAUAGCAACAGCUACGAAUUUAAAUGAAGGAUCAGAAAUUUAUGGUAAAAAUAUAAUGAAUGUUCCAAUAAAAUCAAUACCAUUAUUAAUUUUAGAUGAAAUUCUUACACCAUUUAAUAUAUUUUAAGUAAUUGAAAUAUAUAAUAAUAAUUUAGAUAUUUGCUCUAGUUGUAUGGGCUGUUGAUGAUUAUGUUUUAUAUGCAGUUUUAAUAUUUGUAUUAACAUUUUUUUAGAUGGUUAUGUAAUUAAGAGAAAUUAGAGCAAACUUAUUUAAGAUAAGAAAUAUGAUAUUAUUUAGUACAACUGUUAAAGUGUGUUAAUUUGAUACAAUAAUUGAUAAAUGUUCAAUUGAUUUAAUUCCUGGAGAUAUAGUAAUUGUGGAAGGAAAUACAAAGAUAUCAUGUGAUUGUAUCUUGAUUGAUGGAUCUUGUGUUAUGAAUGAAGCAAUACUUACUGGAGAAUCUGUUCCAAUAAAUAAAACAGCAUUAUUGAAAGUUAACAAUCUAUUUAGAUAAAAAGAAAAUGAUAAUUCAAUGUUAUAUUGUGGAACUUUCUGCUUAAGAAGUUAUUCUAAUUCAAAUAUGCCAGUGAAAGCAUUGGUAUAUUAAACUGGAUUUCAAACAUUAAAAGGAGGAUUGGCUAGAUCAAUAUUAUUUAAUGAGAAUUAAAGCUUUAGUUUUUAGAGAGAUUCUUUGAAAUAUUUAUUUGUUUUAGCUUUCUUAGGAAUUAUACAAUCUGGAAUUUCAUUAUAUCUAGAUUUUACAAAUGAUGAAGCUAUUGGAUAAGCUAUAAUAAAUGCUUUAGAAUUAUUAACCAUAAUAAUCCCACCUGCCCUUCCAACUGCUUUAGCUGCAGGUGUAUCUUUGGCUAUGAAUAGAUUGGAAAAAUAGAAGAUAUAAUGCAUAAAACCAGAUAAAGUGAAUGUAGCAGCUAAAGUUAAUAUUUGUGCAUUUGAUAAAACUGGAACACUUACAGAAUUAGGUUUAGAUGUUGUAGGUUUUAGACCUAUAAAAGGAAUGGGAUUUGAUAAGAAAGUUUAGAUUAUUGAAUGUGAUGAAAUCUCUAUAGAAGGAAUGGCAACUUGUCAUUCUUUAUCUUUGAUAAAUAAUGAAGUCCAAGGUGAUCCUAUUGAUUUAAAUAUGUUUCUAUAGACUGGAUGGAAGUAUACUGAAAAUUCAAUAACUUUCUAAGAUAAAUCAUUAACUAUUAUUAGAAGAUUUGAAUUCUAAGCUGAAUUAUAAAGAAUGUCAGUAAUUGUUAGUGAUCAUAAAUUAUAUUGUAAAGGUUCACCUGAAAUGAUUAAGACAAUAUGUUAAAAGGUUCCAGAAAAUUAUAAGACUAUUCUCAACAGAUAUACUUCUAAGGGUUAUCGAGUAAUUGCAUUGGCUUAUAAAGAAAUACCUAAAAAUUUGGAUUCAGAAAUAUAAAGUGGAAAAAGAGAAUUAUUUGAAUCUCAAUUAAUAUUUUUGGGUUUUCUAAUAUUUGAGAAUAAACUGAAAGAACAAACAUCUAGAACCAUAAAAGAAUUAAAGGCAUCUAAUCUAAAACCACUAAUGGUUACAGGUGACAAUCCCUUAACUGCUAUAAAUAUUGGAUAGUAAUGCUUUAUUUUGGAACAGAAUUAAAAGAUUUAUCUUAGUUAAAUAAAGGAUUAAGAUAUUGUAUGGUAAGAAAUGUCCAUAUAAGAUUAAGUGAUUAAUGAAGGUAGUUCAUAUAGUAUUGAUAAUAUUCAGUCAAAGACAUUAACAACUGAAGAUAUUUUAAUAUCUAGUAAUAGUUAUUAACUAUGUAUUACAGGUGAUGUAUUUGAAUAAUUACAAUAUCAAUAUAAUCAAGCAAUUAACAAAGAAGAAAUCUUGAAUUUGUUUAGUUAAAUUUUCAUUUAUGCAAGAAUGAAACCAAAUCAUAAGGGUGAUUUAAUGAUACUAUUAAAACAAGAUAAAAAAAACUUUAUAGCUUUUUGUGGAGAUGGUACAAAUGAUACAUGUGCAUUAAGAUAAGCAGAUGUAGGUUUAGCAUUAUCAACAGAAGAUGCUUCUUUGGCUGCUCCAUUUACAUCAUCAAUUUUUGAUGUUUCAAGUUUAAUUACCCUUAUUAGAGAAGGCAGAGCUUGUUUGGUUACAUGUGUUGAAUGUUUUAAAUUUAUGACAUUAUAUUCAUGCAUCUAAUCAGCUAUGGUUUUAUAAUGUUAUUUUUGGAAUACAGAUCUAUCCUUAUAUUAAUAUUUGUAUUAAGAUCUUUGGUUAAUAAUUCCAUUGGCUUUCACUAUGGAUUUAACUAAUGCUUUUCCUACUUUGGCCAGGUAUAGACCAAUUAGUGAUUUGAUUUCAAUUCCAAUUAUUUCAUCAGUGACAGUAGCAGCACUAGCCAGUAUUGCUAUGCAAGUAGGUCUAGUUCAGUAUCUUACAACAUAAGAUGAGUUUGAAUUAGAUGAACCUGAUGAAGGAGCUCCUGGUUAAAUCAAUACAGUAAAUCUUACAUCAUAUUCUAUUAGAUAUUGAUUCUUCUGUCUAAUUCUGAAAUACUUGCAGUAGCUAUUGCAUUUACUCAAGGGCCCCCAUUUCGACAAUAAGUUUAUAAAAAUAUUGCUUAUAUAGUGACAGUAACUUUAGGCAUUUUAGGACACAUAUUUGUUAUUUUUUACCCAUAAGGAUUUUAAAAUUUAGAGGUUUAAUUCUUAAAUUAUCAUCUUAGAUUGUUGUUAUUACAUCAUUAAGAUUUGAAUGGAUUAUAAUUGGGUUUAGUUUAAUUAUAGGAGUGUUUAUAAUUCUUUAUGAAAAAUUUGUAACUCAAGCUUUAGUAAAAAAAUAUUCUCAAGAAGAUGUCAAUUUAUCAGUGUGA